GUCAUCAAAAACCUACUCUGUGGAAAUUUGUGGUUUGAAUUCCUUCUCACAAAACACAGCGAUGACAAAAGGAGCAACUAGGCGAAAAUAAUGGCACUGUGCGCAUGCAGCCAGCGAGUCCGCGCAUGCGCAGUGCGCUCUCACUGCGGAGAGGGGGUCAGUGACAACGCAGCGCUGCUGAGCGACCGGACAAACAUGAGCUCCGCCGAAUCUCGCACAGAAUGACGCUCUCCUCCUGAAUCCCGUCAGCGCACAGAUGGACGACGAGCGCAAGCAGCACAAGUUCAUCUCGUUCCUGUUUUAUCAGGCGGUGCGAGACCUGAAACCCGUGUGGAUGCUCGAGGACAUGCGCACCAUGGAGACGUUUUACUGGGAGGAGGACGCCAAGCAGAGGACGUACAGCCCGUCCGAGGCGCUGCUCUACGCGAUCGUGCACGACCACCGGGCGUACGCGCAGUUCCUGCUCAGCCAGUAUGCGCACGAGGCGCUGGCCAUGCCCGGGGAACGCUUCUGCUGCUGCCCGUCCUCCGCGCCGCACCUGGCCAUGGCCGUGCGCUACGACCGGCGGGACAUCCUGGGCCACAUUCUGCAGGUGGCGCAUCGGCAGCCGGGCCUGCGCUCCUACAUGAACCGCGGAGGAUGCUUCCACCUGGAGGACGGCAAGACCCCGCUGCACUUGGCCUGCGAGCUGCUGCGCGCGGACGCCGUCAUCCUGCUGCUAGGCAACGGCGCGUCCCCGCAGGCCGUGGACCACAACGACAUGACGCCGCUCGACGUCAUUCUCCAGCAGCUAUGGGACUCCAAGGUGAAUGUGGGGGCCAAGAAGUCCUGCUUGGAGAACCUGCUGAUGUUCAUGCCGGAGAUGCGCUUCAAAAUGAAGAGCUCCCUGCGCAAGGAGCCCGAGCGCUGGUCCCAGGUGCUCGGGGAGGACAAGCUGAACUACCUCAUCGGGCGAGACCCCGCGCCGCUCUUCCUCAUCGCCAUGCAGAGGAUCCUGGCGCAGCUGCCGCCCGAGCAGUUCCCCAAGAGCCUGGACCAGCUGCCCAUCCCGGCCUCCCUCAAACCCCUGCCCAAACCCCCCAGACAGCGCAGCCACCUCAAAGUGGCCUAGACCGGCUCCGCUAGUGCGAGUGUGUG